AUGGCUCCCACUGCAAGCGCAUCAGCUGUGCCUCCGCCUCCGGCGUCUGCCAAGGGCGCCUCUCGGAUCCAGCCGGAUCCCGAGCUGGUCUCGUACCCAAGCUUCAACGCACGUCCCAAGACGCCCGAGGAGUACUACGAGCGUGCCAAGCAGGUGGCUGACCUGCUUCACCAGGACGAGGCGGUGAGGGACCGCGGAAACGUCGUUCCCAACCGUCAGGUGCAGCUCCUCAAGGAUGCCGGCCUUGUUACCCUCCUCGGGCCCACGUCUAAGGGCGGCGGUGGCCAGACUUGGAACGAGGCCUACCACGUCGUCCGUCUCGUUGCCCAAGGCGACGGCUCCCUCGCCCAGCUGCUGGGCUACCACUACAUUUGGUUCUGGGCCGCCGCCCUGGUGGGCACCGACGAGCAGCGCGCCAGGCUCGAGGCCGAGUUCACUGAGAAGAACUACUUUAUCGGAGGCGCAGUCAACCCGAGGGACAGCGAUCUCAAGGUCCGACAGCACCCGCAAGACAAGGCCAAGAUUGUCUUUGACGGCAAAAAGACAUUCUCGACGGGCAGCAAAGUCAGCGACGUGACGAUUCUCGAGGGGUCCUUUGAGGGAGCUGCUGCCGAUGCGCCCCACGUCUUUGUGCCAGUCCUGUCCAAGCAACCGGGCAUCGUCUAUGGCGACGAGUGGGUCGAUGUGCUCGGCAUGCGCGGCACCCAGUCUGGCGGUGUGACAAUCUCCAAUGUCGAAGCAGACUGGCGCGACGCCCUGGGCUUUGUCGACGGCAAGUUCACGCCCUUGGGUCCGUACAACACCCUGAACCUGCCCGCAAUCCAACUCGUCUUUACGAGCUUCUACCUCGGCAUCGCAGAGGGUGCCCUCCAGCGUGGCAUCGAAUACACACGCAACAACACUAGGGGAUGGCCCUACCAGCCCCACCCGCCCUCGAGGGGAACGGACGAGGUUUACAUCCAAGAUGGCUACGGCACGCUCCAGGCGCGUCUUUGGGCCUCGUCUGCGCAGAUUGCACAAACCAUCAAGCUGGCCUCCUCGAUCCUCGGCACGAACCCGCGGCAAAAUGUGACGGCGGCGCAGCGCGCAGACUUGGCCGUCCAGGUCGCCGCUGCCAAGGUCAACAUUGUCGACUUUGGUCUCGACGUCACCUCGAAGCUCUACGAGCUCCAGGGGGCUCGGAGCGUCAGCGGCAAGUACGGCUUCGACGUCGCCUGGAGGGACCUGCGCACCCACUCGCUGCACGAUCCCAUUGCGCACAAGCGCGCAGAAGUCGGCAGGUACGCUCUCUUUGGCCCCGGCCAGGAUGGCUGGCCUACGCCCACUUGGUACACAUAA